CAUUGCGCAUUUCAAAGACGAUUUUGUGAAUUACUUAAAAAUGGUUGACCGCGAAGUAUUGUUGCACCAUAUGGCCGAAGACAUAGCUAAGAAGCAUAAUUAUAAUGACGCUAAAAUUAAAAUAGAGCCCAUUUCAACCGAAGGAGCCAAUUAUUCGUCAGUGCUCUUUAAUAUAACCAUAUCUGCGACAACCAAAAAAGAUUUACAUUUAUUUGCGAAAGUCUUAAACUUUAAUGAAAGUGUCAGAAGUAGUAUGGGUGGAUUAAUUAUUGAGAUAGAAGGGUGGGUGUAUGAAGAUUUGGCUGGAAUAUUUAAGAAAAUCGAAGACAAAUGCGAGGUUCCAGAUAAAUUUAGAUACGUGUUUCCGGAAUUUUACGGCUACAACCCAAAAUUAUACGCCGAAACACUUAUACUUGAGAAUCUGGUUGCUCGAGGCUUUGAAGUAUAUGAUAGAUUAAAAUCAAUCGAUUGGCCUUACGCCGCUAAAGCCGUGGAAACUCUCGCUAAAUUCCAUGCCUUGUCAAUGGCUUAUGGUAAAGAAAACCCUGAAAUAUAUGAAAAAAAAUUUGGUAAUAAUAUUGAAAUAGCUCUGAAACCUUUAGGUGAACGUUUCAAUGAUUUUGUUGAAACUGCUUUAUCCGUAUUAAAAGAGGAAAAUAAGGAAAGAUUGCGACAAUUUAGGGACAAGGAACAAUCACAGGGCAAUGUGUUUGUUAAAUACAUGACGAUGAAGAGUAAACCGGUCCUGGCUCAUGGUGAUUACAGACCAAGCAACAUCAUGCACAAAGUUAACAAGGACGGGACAAUUGACCUCAUCCCUAUCGACUAUCAGACCGUCAACGGAGGCAAUUGCAUCACGGACCUGCUAUACUUCAUCUUCAGCGGGUCAGAUUCACAGUUCCGCGAACGUUACUACCAGCGUCUGAUUGACCACUAUUACGACAGUUUGAAGGCAGCCUUAAUUAGGUUGAAGUUGAACCCUGACGAGAUAUACUCCAGGAAGGACUUUGAUUCUGAACUGAAGCGGAUUUUACCUUAUGGACUUCUCUGUGCCCUCCUCGUGCUCCCUGUGGUCACCGUGACCUCUGAAAAUGCUCCUGAUUUAAAUAGCGCAGACAUGUUUGAACGUUUGGCGAAACCAAAGACCAGCCCUCAGUACAAAGACAGGAUAAACGGCGUAAUAGAUGACUACAUCAAAUGGGGAAUAUUGUGAUUUCAUCAUAUCUAGCUGCUAUUAGAUAUUUAUUUUAUUUUGAAAUUGGAUAUCUUAAGGUAACUGAUUGAAUAUAAAUAAAUGAAUUCAUUUCUUGUCAUUUCCAAA